GUACACUAGGAUCCGGAUCCAGAGGACUUGUAGUCGUCCCGCGAGAGAGAGGGGGGCGAACUAACGACUUCUGAGGUCCUUCUGGGGACCGAAAGUGACCGAGAACCGCACACAAACACAAGAAAGAGCAAACUUUUCCACGAGUAAUGAAGAUGCCGCUUGAGUCUCUGUUCAAAUCCGCAGCAGCCACGACAAGUGUGUGAAGAGUUUGAGGUGGUAGUGUGAAGGUUGGAACGUGUUAACUCCGGUGGCUGUGACUAGUAGUGAGUGAUCGUGAUCGUGAAACGGCGGUGAAACUCCUGCACCCGCUUGGCGUUACCGGCCAGCAACUGCAACUGGGGAACUGGAUUGACAAUAAAUGAAACAAUAAACCGGCUGACUCUCUGUAGCGAGCGAGCCCGCGCCACUGAUCAAACAAUGCACCGAGGCAUCAUCGGCAGCCGCUAACCGGCAGACGCAAGGACACGCGACCGCCAAGCAAUAACAUUCGAAAGCAAUCUGAAACACACACCAACAAAACAGUAGAGUAACCAGGGCCCCGGAAGCCCUUGAUAGACACAGAGAGAGAGAGAGAGAGAGAGAGAGAGAGUGAGAGAGAGAGAGAGAGAGAGAGCGUAGUGCCGAAUCCCAACCUCUCGAUGACCAUGGCGGAUGAGCUAUCUUCGUCGGCGCGUCCCGCGUACAAGAAGCGCAGUUCCUCCAUCUCGGCGCCGGCCUGCGCCAGCCUGGAAACGAUCAUCAGCCCCCCGUCGGAGGGGGACACGCCCGAGAGCGGAACGCCGGGUUACCGGCGCCGGAAGCCGGCCACACGAUCGCAGAGCGCACGCAUCACAGGACCACGAUCGGUAAGGAGCCACGUACGCCGCAAACCACAGCCACCGCCCGUGACGCUGCAGGACUCGCGGGGACACUGCACGAGCGAGCCCCGACUGAACGACUCCGAGACACCGCCGCCACAGAAACGCCGAGGAUCGCAGAGGCGCCCGAUGCACAAUUCAGCGACACCGAGAAAAUCGAAUGCAUUUCUGGAUGUGCCACAGAUCAACCUACAGCACCUACAGCUCGACGAUCAGGAAGAUGACGACAAUAUCAGACUGAGAACGUUCAGUUCAUCGAAGCAAGGAGUCGUGAAUCGGGGCGAUUCGUUCCGUCGGCGACGCUCGCGCAGCAACAGCUUGGCCCCGGUGAGCCCGGUGCGGGUGGUGGACGAGGUCCAAACGCAACCGAGCGUCCCGAUCGAUUCGUACCGGGUCAUGAUGAUAGGCGCUCCGGGAGUCGGCAAAGGGGCCCUCCUGUCGCAGUUCCGCUCGUCGGAGUGUAUCAACGCUUACGACACACGAUACGAUGAGUCGCCCGGAGAGCAGAACAUAUCCAUCAUCCUGAACGGAGAGGAAUCGGAGCUCAAGUUCGUCAACGACAGCAUAGGGAACAAGGAUGAGAUGCUCAAGGCGGACGCAUUUCUGGUGGUGUUUUCCGUGGUCGACAAGGCGACGUUCAGCCGGGCGGACCAGCUGCUCAACAUGCUGCACGAUAUGGACGUGAGCCGGUCCCGGCCGACGAUUCUGGUGGCAAACAAGAUCGAUCUGGCCCGAUCACGUGCCGUUUCCUCGCAGGACGGCAAGUGUCUGGCGUGCACGCACAAAAUCAAGUUCAUCGAGGUGUCUGUCGCUAUCAACCACAACGUGGACGAGUUGCUGGCCGGCAUCCUGUCGCAGAUACGCCUGAAGAGGGAGCUUGCCGCGAUUCAGGGAACCCGCGAGCCGUCAUCGGCGCACUGGUACAAAAAUCGCAGCGUUGUCCGGGCCUCGAUGAAGGCCCGCCAGAUGAUUACCUGGAUCUUUGGCAAGGAGGAUUCCAAGUUUAAGAACUGCGAAAACUUGCAGGUGCUGUAGAGUGGCUCACCGUUUGGUUCUCCUGCUGCUUCCACCCGGCAACUAUCUUUGAUCCUGAAUAUUCAACGCUUCUCGAGCGAAACUCGACUACUUUUGUAAUCAGGACGCGUGUGUAUCAUCAACCACGCACGGGCAAAUGAUAAUUUGCCUUCCAGAGGGCCGGAGAGUAGGUGCGAGUAGAAGAGCACCGUUGAACCGCGGUACAGCCUAAGCGACAGGGACGAGGAACACUGAGCACCAGGAACACGCCACCACAGACCAUCGCGAACCAGACAGCAUCCGGCGGCAACGUUACAGUAGUUAUAAAAUUUGCUAAAAGUGCCUUCGUGUCAGCUCAUAGAUAUAUUUAAUGAAGGGAAGGUUUCUCGAGCGAAUUCAAAGCCGAAACACGGAACAAUAAGAGAUAUCAAAGGUAAAACGACCGACACGUGGCGCGGAUGAUUAGCAUAGAUAAACCACUACUGAGAGGCACUACACUACCGACGACUCACGAGGC